GUUCUCCAGGAGGCCACGUGGGGGUGGCCCCCCACCCUGCCUAUCACUCCCCCCUGCUGCGCUGUCACUUCAAUGCUGGCUGCUGUUGUGUGGAAGGCGGCAGAGAAUCAGGGGCACCCCGCGCCACCGCUGACUGGGACCCGCACCACCUGACCCGUGUGCCCUUGGGCACGGUCACCGCUGCGCCCGCGCGCGUCCCAGUGCGCGCCAGCCCCAAGUGGGAACUCGGGGGGCAGCGCUGCCCAGGAUGGCUCCCGGCCAGGCAGUAGCUGGGCUCUUGCUGCUGGCGGCCACUGGCCUCGGAGGGGUGGCGGAGGGGCCCGGGCUGGCCUUCAGCGAGGAUGUGCUGAGCUUGUUCGGCACCAAUCGGAGCCUGUCAGCGGCGCAGCUCCGGCGCCUGCUGGAGCAGCUAGGAGCCGCCCCCGGCGAGGGAGCCCCGGAGUCCAGCCAGCUGCACUUCAACCAGUGUUUAUCUGCUGAGGAGAUCUUCUCUCUUCAUGGUUUUUCAAAUGCUACCCAGCUAACCAGCUCCCACUUCUCUGUCAUCUGUCCAGCAGUCUUACAGCAACUGAACUUUCACCCUUGUGAGGAUGAACCCAAGCACAAAACAAAACCAAGUCUUUCAGAAGUUUGGGGAUAUGGACUGCUGUCGGUGACAAUUAUUAAUCUGGCAUCUCUUCUCGGAUUGGUUUUGACUCCAUUGAUAAAGAAAUCUUAUUUUCCAAAGAUUUUGACAUUUUUUGUGGGUCUGGCUAUAGGGACCCUUUUUUCAAAUGCAAUUUUCCAACUUAUUCCAGAGGCAUUUGGAUUUAAUCCCCAAACUGACAACUAUGUUGAGAAGGCUGCUGCUGUGUUCGGUGGAUUUUACAUACUUUUUUUUGUGGAGAGAGUGCUUAAGAUGAUAUUGAAAACAUACGGCCAGAAUGAUCAUACCCACUUUUCCAACAACGACUUUGGACCUCAGGAAAAAACUCAUCAACCUAAAGCAUUGCCCACUACCAUCAAUGGUGUGACAUGCUAUGCAAAUCCUGCAGUCACAGAGCCUAAUGGACACAUCCACUUUGACACCGUCAGUGUAGUGUCUCUACAGGAUGGGAAAAGGGAGUCAAGCUCAUGCACUUGUUUGAAGGGGCCCAAACUGUCAGAAAUAGGAACAAUUGCCUGGAUGAUCACACUCAGUGAUGCCCUGCACAAUUUCAUCGAUGGCCUGGCCAUUGGGGCUUCCUGCACUCUGUCCCUUCUUCAGGGACUCAGCACUUCCAUAGCCAUCCUGUGCGAAGAGUUUCCCCAUGAGUUAGGGGACUUUGUGAUCUUACUCAAUGCAGGGAUGAGCACUCGACAAGCCUUGUUAUUCAAUUUCCUCUCUGCGUGUUCCUGCUAUGUUGGGCUAGCUUUUGGCAUUUUGGUGGGCAACAAUUUUGCUCCAAAUAUCAUAUUUGCACUUGCUGGGGGCAUGUUCCUCUAUAUUUCUCUGGCAGAUAUGUUCCCAGAGAUGAACGACAUGCUGAGAGAAAAGGUGACUGGAAGAAAAACUGAUUUCACCUUCUUCAUGAUUCAGAAUGCCGGGAUGCUGACGGGAUUCACAACCAUUCUGCUCAUUACUCUGUAUGCAGGAGAAAUCGAGUUAGAGUAACAGGAAGUCGAAGAUGGUGUUGUCAUUAGAGGCAUUUAAUAAAUAAAAACAUCUCCAGAGGAAUUUUUAAACUGAUUCUGCUUAGUGGAAAAACAAUUUUUUCUUCAACUUUAGGUCAAGUAAAUUAAUUGUUUAGUUUCAGAUCUGCGAAAUGGGCUAUUAUUUGUUGUUAAAAAUAGUGCAAAAAGAUUUUCAUUUCAGUAUAAAAUGCCUGGUUUAUGGAGUUUGAGCACAUCCCAUAUUCUGUGUUUCAUGCAUAUUAGAUAAUGAUUAUGAAACAACACACAUUUGUCCUGUAAUCAAGUGAAAACCUAGACAGAAGAAAAAUAUAAGCUAUGUUUUAUAAGCCUUUAAAACUCAUUUGUAGGAUUCGAGGUUGAAAUAGUCUCAGAGUAGUUUUCUUUGAUUUGAUUUAUUCUAGUACUUUUAAGAGCAAGUCAUUCAAAUUGUGAGAGAGGGUGUCUAACAAGCUGUUAAUGAAUUAUUCAUAGUCUUUGUUCUGUUCUUUAUUUACUUAGAAACUUGUAGUUUUGUCUUAAAAGCUAUUCUAGCAUAUUAUGAAUUAAGACAUUAAUUGAGUUAUUUGAGCCCUACUAAAUUCAGGCCUAGAGUUUGUGGCCAAGUGUCUCCCAAACUCCAUGAAAAACCAGCAUUGCUUUUGGUGGCUUAGGCAUGAUCACAUGGCUUAGAAAUGGUGGGCCAGCAAGUAGAGCUGGUGACGGCUAUGUCUCAGUAUACCACGACUAUGUUGUGUUGUGGAGGUGGAGAAUAUGUUGUCGUAGAGAAAGAGACUUAAUGAAAUCUUGCCAAAUUUACUUUUAGAGAUGAGCAUGAUUAUUUAGCAAAAGAUAUUUUAAUAAAUGCAAGGCAACAGCUGGGCUGCCAUAUUUCAAGGACUGUUAACUAGAAGGUAUACGUUUCUUACAGGGGAUUGAAAAUCAUUUGAAGACUUUUUUUGUGUUCAGUCCCUAUUUUGUUCAUAUGGUAUCAUUGCAGGAAAAAACUCAACACACUAUGGUUAUUUUUCUACCUUUUUAUAUAGAUAGAGCUUAUUUCCUCAAUUACCAGGUAAUAGAAAACUAGUCUAAGACUGUAUAUCCCAGUCCCAGUUCACACUCCCAAAUCACAUAAAGAAAAUUCAUCAGUAAGGAAAAUGAAGCAAUAAAAGUCACCAGCAGCGAUCUCAGUAAUUCCAUUUUCCCACAGACCAUAAAAUGUUUUCACGUAAUAGUGAUGUAGAUUUGAUGAAUGUUUAACAUGUAUGUUAAUGCAUAAUUCACUGACAAAUAGUAAACACAUUUUAAACCA